UUUAGCCCACGUGACCGGAAGUAAAUACAGCUCAGCAGCAGUUCCCGCGUUUGGCGUCUCUUUCAAUCACAAGCGUAAACUUGGAGUAGCAGCUUGUCAUUCCGGAUAUGGAUGACCUGUAUUUAGACAACAUUGACGAAUAUGUCAAUGAUCAAAACAAGAUCGUCACCUACAAAUGGCUCAGUUUAACUCUUGGAGUCCACGUCAACACAGCAAAACAAAUGUUGUAUCAUUACCUGCAGCAGAAACGCAAUGAAAGUUCUCCCCUUAAUGCUACCUACCUUGUAUCUGGAAAGUGUGUUGAGAAUGGUAGUACGUGCCAUAAAGUGUCAGUUGUACGUGAGGACAAGCUUGAGGCUGUUAAAGCAAAGAUGGACGUGACCAUCAGUGUGCAUGUGUACAGUGUGCAGAGAGCCGAGCUGAAGGAUAGUUCACCACUUUACAAUACAGAUUAUGAUGCUGUUAAGGAGAACCUAAAAAACUGCAACAAGUACAGUGCUAUACGUUGUGCUGCGGCGGUCCCUGUGACAUCUGCAGAGCUGCAGAAAGCUCAAGAAAUGGCUUUGGCCCCUCCAGCGGAGAGGGAAAUCAGUAAACCUGGCUUGAAUGAAAAAACUUCAGCUACCUCCAAACCCAGUGCUAAGCAGCCAGCAGGCAUUAUGGGAAUGUUUGCAAGCAAAAAUGCUUCUAAGAGCCAAGAAUCCAGCAAGGAAGUGAAAACAGAGCAGAAAGACGAUUCUUCUCUGGUUGAAACUUCAAAAAGCAAAACAGCCUCCAAAGCGAGCCCGAUGAGUAACUUCUUUGGAAAGUCCUCCCAGAAAAAGGCUGAUGAAAAAUCCAACAAAAGCAUUAAAGAAGAGACGGAUGGCAGCACGGCUACUGCGAGUACGAAACAGUCACAGACCUCUCCCAAAUCUGAGACUGACAUUAAGGAGGAACAAUCCAAGGUGUCCAAUACUCAAUCAAAAGACACUCGGAAUAAAACGAAGCGCCCUGAGGUUGUGGACAGUGAUGAGGAGAAAUCGGAGAGCCAGCAGAAGAAGAGACGGCGGAUAAAGAAGCCCCAGCCAGACAGCAGUGAUGAUGAGGUUGUGCCAGAUUCUCCACUUGUGCCUAAUGUGCGUACUCCCAGCCCUAAAAAGCAAGUGAAGAGAGAGCCUGUUUCACACCAAGAAGAGAGCUCAGGGGUGAAGAGGAGGAAAAGGCGGCGUGUUUUGAAGUCUAACACAUUUGUUGAUGAAGACGGUUCCUUUGUGACCGAGAAGGGUUAUGUGAGCGAAUCUUACUCCGAAAGUGAAGAGGAGCCUGAACCCAACAGUCAAGCAAAGGACUCAAGCUCACUCAAGCAGUCAGUUGGAAAAAGAGAGGAAGAGAAAAAAGAAAAGAGUCAGAAGAAGACCUCGACUGCUAACAAACCUACAAAACAGCCCUCCAUCAUGGGAUUUUUCCAGAAGAAAUAACUUUUUUUAUUAUUCUUCCAUGGACUUUUAAAGGAGUAGUUCACCUGGAAAUGCAAGCUGUCGUUAAUUACUCAUCCUCAUGUUGUUCCGCAAGUCUUUUUCUGUUCAUAAAAUCAGUCCGUUAGUGAAACGUAGAAAAAAUCCACAGAAAAAAGUAAAACAACAUGAGGAUGAGAAAAUAAUGACUUCAUUUUUUUGGCGUGAAAUAUGCCUUUAAGCACUUAUGAACCACGUGUGAUGCUGUAAAGAGGAAAUAUAUCUUCAUUGUCACUGUCAUUCAUCAGAGACAUUGACACAGGAGAUUUCCGUAUCUUCACGGACAACCUUUGUGCCGACUAUCUAUUCAACUUCACGUGGAUUUCAGUUCUGGGGCUGUUAAGAUUGUCUAUUGUAGUAUGUAAAUGUAUGAUCCUGCUGAUCCAGCAGAUUUCCUUACCAUAAAACCACCUGUACAUGGCCAACCACCAAUACUUCCUGGUCUUAUUUUGUCAUUGUCUGUCUAUUUUUAGUAAGUUGCUGAAUAAUAAAUCAAAUUUAAAUAAUUUUUCUUUUUGUUUGGAUUAAUAUACUUGUAAAAGAAAUAUUAGUUUGUAGGGCUGCGACGAUUCCUCAGCAGCAUUCCAAGGCAUCAAGGCACGUCUGAAUACAAAUUCGAUUUCACUUCCCGUCUCCGGAGGUACCUUCUGAUCGAAUUUUGAAGGCAGCAUAGACGUAUCCUUCGCUACCUUAGAUAUCCCACAAUUCUGUGCAUUCUAUUUCGUGACGGUUGAGCUAAAAAAAUAAAGAUGGUAUCUGAAA